AUGGGUAAUAUCAGGGCUCCUAUCGCGAGUACUUUGUUUGUUAUUUUAAGAAAGGUUGAAGGCAACUGCCAACGUCUGGACCUUCUUGUUGGUAAAGAGCCUGUGAAUCGGAGAAGAAUGGCGAAGUGCAGAGUUGAUCAGUUGAAAUGUGAUUGUCAAUCGCUGAAUUCUGCCGCUACAUCUAUACACUCUAAGCUGCUUGCGCGGUGGAGAGCCGUUGCUGAGCGAGAAGAACUUUUAACAAGACGCUUUACUCCUAAUGACUCCACUACUUAUCUGAACCUGGAUGAUGGGGAACUACAAUUAAAUGACCGGUUACAUUCUUCAAACAGCGCUGUGGAUGAAUUAAUAAGCCAUGGAAGUGCCGUUUUGGAACAAAUCAGAUCUCAGGGGUUAAACUUAGGAGGAAUGAAACGCCGAGUUCUGGAUAUAACGCAGCAAUUGGGAUUGUCAUCCACUACGUUGCGUUUGAUUCAGAGGAGGAUAAGCGAGGAUAAAGUAAUUUUUAUAAUUGGCUGUAUAUUAGUUCUUGCUUUUAUGUACAUUUUCUACAGGUAUUGGAAGAAUUACAGCAUAAUUUAG